GCUGAGCGUUGCAAAGGAAUGUUUAUCAGGACGACUUCAGUGAACUGUCAAAGAUCCAUUUUACAAAUUGCCUUCAAAACCGAUGAAAGCCAACCGUGGGUACUGCCAGCGGUGAAAGAGGCGGAAGAGCGAAUCUAUAAGCGGCUUGCAGAAGGAUCUACAAACCACGAAUACCUUCCUCUGCUUGGCAAUCCCAGUUUUAUAUCGCACGCUAUGUCGCUAAUGUUCGGUGAAAAACAUCAGGCACUAGUGGAUGGCAAGAUAUUUGGAGUCGAAUGCCUCGGUGGAACUGGUUGUCUUCGAGUUGGCUUUGAGUUUCUGUCCAGAGUUUGCAAGCUGAAGUGUGCUUACAUUUCUUCGCCAACCUGGGGCAAUCACAAGCUUUUGCUACAGUAUACUGACUUUGAAAAGAUUUGCACUUACCGUUACUGGGAUUAUACUUUUUAUGUCGCUCCUGAGAAAGCAGUUAUUCUCUUCCAUGGCUGUGCUCACAACCCUACCGGCAUGGAUUUGAACCAUGAACAGUGGAAGCGCAUAUGUGAAAUCGUUAAGCGCAAAAACUUAAUUGCUUUCUUCGACCUUGCGUACCAGGGAUUCGCAUCCGGUGAUUUCGAUAACGAUGCCUGGGCUCCCCGAUAUUUUGCGGAGCAAAACUUGGAAAUUCUAGUUGCGCAGUCGUUCUCCAAGAAUUUUGGUCUCUACAAUGAAAGAGUAGGCAACCUUUCCUUUGUGGUGAAAGACAAGUCAGUGAUUACAGCAUGUAAGUCGCAGUUGACGUUGCUGGUGCGAGCAAACUGGUCGAAUCCACCCAAUCACGGCAGUCUGAUAGUCGAAACGGUGCUGUCUGACCCUGGCUUGCGUGAGAAGUGGCUAGAUAACGUCCACGUCAUGGCGUCACGCAUUAAAGACACGCGCAAACUGCUACGACAGAAGCUGGAAGAACUAAAGACUCCUGGCAGCUGGAGUCAUAUCACUGAACAAAUAGGAAUGUUUUCGUUCACCGGUCUUAACGCUAAACAAGUUGAAUAUCUGAGAGAGCACUACCACAUCUACAUGUUGGGAAAUGGCAGGAUCAACAUGUGUGGCAUUACAACUAAAAACAUCGACUACGUUGCAAAAGCGUUUCAUGAAGCCGUUGUUAAAGUUCAGUAA